AUGAAGUUCUCUCAGAUCGCUCCUCUCGCCGCCCUGGCCGGCCUCGCUCUUGCCAGCCCCACCCCUACCAUCAACAAGGUCGACAAGCGCAGCCUUGCCAAGCGUGCCUCCAUCACCGAGGCCGCCAGCCUCGGUUUCGCCAGUGCUAACGGUGGCACAACUGGUGGUGCCGGCGGUACCACCACCACCGUCAGUGACUUUGCUUCCUUCAGCGCCGCUGCCAAGGCCGAUGGCCCUGCUGUGAUUGUCGUCUCUGGUACCAUCUCCGGCGAGGGCAAGGUCCGCCCUACCUCUGACAAGACCAUUGUCGGUGCCUCUGGCGGUGCCGCCCUUGAGGGUGUCGGAAUCUACGUCAGGAAGGCCUCCAACGUCAUCAUCCGCAACCUCAAGAUCUCCAAGGUCAAGGCUUCGAGCGGCGACGCCAUCGGCAUUGAUGCCUCCAAGAACGUUUGGGUCGACCACGUCGACCUCAGCGGCGACCUGAGCGCCGGCAAGGACGACUACGACGGUCUCUUCGACGUCACCCACGCGUCCGACUAUGUCACCAUCUCCAACUCCAAGAUCCACGACCACUGGAAGGCCUCCCUGGUCGGCCACUCCGACUCCAACGAGAGCGAGGACAAGGGCCACCUGACCGUCACCUACGCUAACGUCCACUGGUCCAACAUCAACUCGCGUGGUCCCUCCAUCCGCUUUGGUACCGUCCACAUCUACAACUCCCUGUACGAGGGCAUCCUCAACAACGCCAUCAACUCCCGCCUCGGUGCCCAGGUCCUCGUCGAGUCCGUCAAGUUCUCCGACACCAAGAGCCCCAUCGUCUUCCGCGACUCCGACUCCACCGGCUACGUCGUCACCAACGACGUCGACCUCGGCGGCGCCACCAACGAGGUCGCCGUCGGCACCAUCAAGGGCAGCGACCUCCCCUACAAGUACGAGCUUGUUGGCAGCGGCAGCGUCGCCAGCGCUGUUGCCGACGCUGGUGCCACCCUCACCUGGUAA